AUGUUGGAUAUACCCCAGACUAUUAGUGGUGGGCAAGAGUCUAAGGGAGGAGAAAUACACUUUCCUUGUAGAGAUAGUGCUAUGGAAAAGAAGGAAGAAGAAAUCUCUACAUUCGCCUUUUCAAGGAAUGUAAAAAACCCAAUAAAAAUAACAACAACAAUAACAAGGGAAACAGAAACAGAAAAGACACCUGUAGAAUCAACUUCAUCGUUGAGAAAAAAGGAUGUUAACACAGAUUUUCCGCAAACUUCACAAAAUAGUACGUCUGGAGUGUCUAUGAAAGCAUCAGGAGGAGGGAUGGAUAAGAACUCUAAUCCAUCAAGAGAGCGUAUUGUACACCUCCGUACUCUCGCUUCUACGAUCACUCCACUUCACCGCUAUUUCUCCUUUGUAACACAAGAUAAGAGAAUAGGAGGAAAGGAUUUGUACUCCCCAAAUUGUGUUCGUUGUCCAAAUUGUAAGGGAUGUCAGUUGCAUAUGCAAUUCUGCAGUGGAGCUUAUGGGAUGCGGCAUAUGUUGGCAUGGAUUGUGCGAAGAAAAUCUCCUAAAGUAGGAGAGAAACGAACUAUUGAAAUGCGUUAUAUCUCUGAAAAUACAUCUAAUCUUAACUAUUCAUGGCGUUCAGUUUGCCGGUUUGAGAUUGGCCCUGUUGUAAUCACACGACAUCUCAUUCACUCCAGUAAAGAACAAAUAAUAGAGACUGUGGAGCGAGGUGGGACUAAUGGUACUUUUGCUGGAAUGAUAUCUCCCCGUCCGCUAAACUUCCUUGAUGUUUUUUUCGGUAUCUUCUACGGUACAACUGAUAGAGGAAGAGAUAAACGGUAUUAUCGUGUCUUGCAGCGAACAGCCAUGCGGUCAGUCGCAGCACAGGCACGGGCAUUAUGGGAAAAACUCACUUUUUCACCAGAGAAACAAAACCUUGCGGUAUUAGCACAAAUACCAAGGAAUAAAAAAGAAAACGGUGAUUUCAUUCCACAACGUGUACAAGUGGAUUGGCGAUGUCCUCCGCUUUUUUUCUCACUAUUGCCAAGUGCCCAAGAAGGGAAUAGUGGUUUAACAUUUGUUUUGUGGAUUUCUGUCCUCGCCCGUUCUUGUCUCACUGCACAUGUAAUGGAUAACGGUGAGUUGUGGCGAUCCCCUCACACAUGUACUGUAGAAACUGAAAAAGAAAAGAAGGAAACAACAACAACAACAACAACAACAACAGUAAAGAGUACUACUACUCCAUUAUGGGAUGAGAACUUCAUAUCUACAUCCAACGGAAAGUGGGAAGGUGAAGUGAGAUGUCGACGUUGUCAUAUUCCUGGCAGUCAUUGGGGACUCAUCACUCGACGACACAGAGAAGAAAAGGAUAAAGUUGUCACUAUAUUACGUGUACGCCGUUCAUGUAUUCAACGAGAAGUGACACGUCGUGCAAUACUAAGUCACUAUCAUAAUAACAGUAUUCAUAAGAAGCCGAAUAUGAAUAAUGGUGAAAAAGAAAUUAAAAAUGACGUGAUAUGGGUAAAUAAACAAAAGACACGUGCCCAGUUUAUGGCACUUCUGGUUGCAUACAUGAUGCGGACUACUGUGUGUGGUCCAUAUAAACAACGACAUCUCACUUCAUCUCCAUCAGAGACAGAGGCGAUAGCAUCAGUGUAA